AAAGAGAUCAAGCCUUUCUCAGCAUGGCAGACUCUAGGGUGUCUGUCUGCAGGGAAAGGACCUGAGGGAAUCAUGCUGUGAAAUGAAUUAAAGCCUGUUCUGAAUGCUUCACAACUGCCCUUCUCACCCUGCCAGGCUGCGGAAUAAUGUCCAUGUUUCGCUCCAGUUCAUCCCGUCCUCUCGUUGGACAGGGGAGAGAAAUGGCUGCAGAGGAGCCAGUUCAGGGGCCGGUGACCUUUGAGGAGGUGGCUGUGUAUUUCACCAGGGAAGAGGGGACUCUGCUGGACCCCACUCAGAGAGCCCUCUACAGAGAUGUCAUGCAGGAGAACUAUGAGAAUGUGACAUCACUGAGGUUUCCAGUUUCCAAACCUCAUAUAAUCUCCCAGCUGGAACAAGGAGAAGAGCCAUGGGUCCCAGACCUCCAGGGUUCAGAGGAAAGAUGGAUCCUGAGAGCUCCCCGCACAGGCUGCAGGAUGUCGUCCAUGUUUCGCUCCAGCUCAUCCCAUCCUCCCAUGGGACAGGGAAGGGAAACGGCUGCCGAGGAGCCAGUUCAGGGGCCGGUGACCUUCGAGGAGGUGGCUGUGUAUUCCCCCAGAGAAGAGGGGGCUCUGCUGGACCCUGUUCAGAGAGCCCUCUACAGGGAUGUCAUGCCGGAGAACUAUGAGACGGUGACCUCACUGGAGUUUCCAGUUUCCAAACCUAAUGUCAUUUUGCAGCUGGAACGAGGGGAAGAGUCGUGGGUUCCAGAUCUCCAAGUCUCUGAGAAAGAAGUGCUCCCGAGAGCUGCCUACACAGGCUGCGGAAUAAUGUCCAUGUUUCGCUCCAGUUCAUCCCGUCCUCUCGUUGGACAGGGGAGAGAAAUGGCUGCAGAGGAGCCAGUUCAGAGGCUGAUGACCUUCGAGGAGGUGGCUGUGUAUUUCACCAGGGAAGAGUGGGCUCUGCUGGACCCUACUCAGAGAGCCCUCUACAGGGAUGUCAUGCAGGAGAACUAUGAGAAUGUGACCUCGCUAGCAGGGUUUCCAGUUUCCAAACGUCAUAUAAUCUCCCAGCUGGAACAAGGAGAAGAGCCAUGGGUCCCAGACCUCCAUGGUUCAGAGGAUAGAUGGAUCCUGAGAGCUCCCUGCACAGCAGGUGAUGCAAUGGUAGGUGAGAAAAAGGAGCAGAAUUAUCAGCAGGAAAAUGUCGAGCAAGUGGAUAAACACAGAGAAUUAUCACAAAGAUAAAAAAGAAAUGUGUCGAAGAGUCAUGAGCAGAGAAAAUCAUGCAAGACUCAGCACACACCAGAAAGAGAGCAGGGAAAGCAGCCAGGAGAGAAAAUGGGUAAAUUUAUUUUCUGUCGGGGAUCUCAGAAGAGCAUCAAGGAAACCACAACA